UUGCCACUGGCCACAUCGCCGCCACAACCUUUAUCCUCCACUGUCAUCGUUCAUCCACCCCGACCCUUCCUCUCCGGUAAGUCCAGUGGCCGCCAGAGAAUCACCGAUUCAACUCAAAACUCGUCAAUUGCCAGCCUCUGUUGUCUCCAAACUUACUGUCGCCGCUUUCUGUCUCUAACACCAUCUCCAUCGUCACGGCCUUCAGAGUCGGCGGGAAUCAGAAUCUCGAGGGCCAAUUGGGAGGACAUGGAUCUGGUUGGAGACGGCGACGGCCAAAUUGAGAUUGUGCAAGCCUACCACAACGUCCAGCAGCACAUACUUCGUCUUCUCCCAGGGCGGAGGCGGUCACGAACUUCGUGA